UAACCUAAGACUUCGGUACUUGUGACAUAAGUUUGCCCGUUGUCGGGCUUACCUAGUGCCAAUCAACCACAUCGGCUGAGCUCAACAGUUUUCAAAAUAAGAACAACACAAGAUCGCUGAUCGACAGAUGCUUAAGAUUUUUUAGUGAUUGUCUUAUAACCGUUUGAUUUUUAACAAGUGUAAUUGUUAUUUUUUCUCAACCUAAAUGUUUUUUUUUUUUACAACACCUCUCGUACAGAUGGACUAAGCAUGUGCGGUUACUAGUGUGAAGUAAUGGUUUUUGUUCGGUUCACUUGUUAUUGGUCCAGAGUCUAUUGUAUAGUAUUAAAAACGUUUUCCUUAAUUGACGUGUGCGCGAAAGGUUUCACUUAAUUUAAAGAAAAGAGAAAAACACCACCAGACUUUGUUCGCUUCCUUCAUUUCAAUGGCCAGUAUGGAUGACGAUUGGAAAACAGUUAUACUUAAACAACUAAAGCGUAGGAACGUCAGAGAAGUGGACGGCUAUCAAAACCUUAUUAAUUUUUAUAACAAAUUGUAUGACAGUUCGUUGUUGUUGAGAGCUCAAAAUGCUCAGCUCGAAUCACAGAUCAUUCGCGGAAAUGCAGGUGGUGAUCUAAUGCUAUCAGAAAAAAUUUCAACUCUUGAACAAAGAGUACUAAUGCAGCAAGAAGAACUUACUGAACUACAUCGAAGACGCGGAGAAAACGCACAAAAAAUUAUUGAUUUAAGUACGACAUUACAGCAGGCUGAACAAUCGAUUAAUGAAAAAAAUGUCAGUUUAGCAGAAAACACUAAAGUUAUUGUUAGUUUGCGAGCUGAAAUUGCUUUAUACCAAAAAAACAAUUCGGAGUUAAAACAAUUAAAUCAAGUCCUCAAAGAUGAACACCAGGCUCUUCAAUUGGCUUUUACCAAACUUGAAGAAAAAUUGAGAAAAUCUCAAGAUGAGGGCCGAGAGCUGGUGGACAGGUUGAUGACUUACAAAUCGAAGGACGCAGAAAAACUGAACGAAGAAAACGAUCAUCUAGUCAGAAAGCGAAAUGCUAAAAUGCAGCAAGAACUCAAGGAAGCGGCCAAAGACAUGCGCGGCGUGUCUGCCGAAUGUCUUUCGACAGUGGUGAGCAACAGCGUUGGCCCCAUAGUGGCUUCCCCGUCGGCCAUACCGAGAAAGGCUACCAUUAGAUUUGACGCUCACGAUGGUGUAGUGAGCGCUGUGAAAUGGAGCCCGGUGGACCGGAUGAUAGCUACCGGCGGAGAAGACCGCAAAGUCAAGUUGUGGGACGUGUCGAAAGGAGUUGCCGAGUGUAAAGGUAUGUUGAUUGGCAGUAAUGCCGGUGUCAUGUCUGUCGACUUUGACAGUACCGGUGGACAGAUUGUGGCAGCGUCCAACGACUUAGCGUCUCGCGUUUGGACAGUCAGUGACCAAAGACUCAGGCACACGCUUACCGGACACUGUGCCAAAGUGAUGGCAGCCAAGUUCAUGGGUGAACCGAACAAAGUGGUGACCGGCAGCCACGAUCGUACGCUAAAAAUAUACGAUCUCCGGAUCAGAGCAUGCGUCGAGACCAAGUUUGCGGGAUCCAGCUGCAACGACCUGGUAACGUCCGAGACCAUCGGCACGACCAUCAUCAGCGGUCAUUUUGACAAGAGGAUACGUUUCUGGGAUACGAGGACCGAAACGCCGCACACGGAAAUCGAAGUCCAGGGACGGGUCACGUCUCUGGACUUGUCUAGAGAUUGUAAUUACCUGUUGAGCUGUGUACGAGACGAUACCCUGCGGCUAAUCGAUCUCAGGACAAAUAAAAUAAUUAACACAUUCGAUGCCGACGGAUUUAAGGUGGGCUGCGACUGGACUAGGGCAGUGUUCAACUUGGAAUACGACCACGUGGCCGUCGGGUCUUCGGACGGUUCGGUGUUCAUAUGGGACAUUUCGAAACCAGCGAAGCCUCUGGUGGUCUUGAGGGCCGAGCACAGUUCGCCGGUGACAGCCGUCUCGUGGCAUCAGUUUACCAACAACGUGGCCAGCGUGGACAGAUCCAGGAGGGCCGUGGUAUGGGCCGAUGUUUGAACAUAAUAUUAUUUUUUAUACGACACCACAACACGUGCUGGCCACUCUUUAUUCGUUUUUCGGCGUAAUUAUUGUUUUUAUUUGUUAUUUUAUACGAUGACUAAAAAAAAAAAAAAAAAAUUGUAUAUUUUUUACUUUUAUUUUCAUUAUCCGUACGCGUACAUUAUAAUAUUAUAUUGUAAUAUUGACCUAUGCGUAUGUCGUGUAAUAUUAUAAAUUAUAUUUUUUUAAUGUCUUGAGCUAUACUCACAUAGCUCGUUAAUGUAAAA